AGGUGAAUCACCCUGUUUGUUAGGUGUUUUUCAACAAAUAUUUGGAAAAACUAUUGAGUACGAAUUUAUUUACCAUAUACAAAAAUCAGACACUUUGUAGUAUGCAUCUUCGCCACGCAAUUACUCUCCUUCACUCGGGAUCUUGACUGAAACUAAACAAUUAAUACGCUAAGCCCACUACAUUGCAGCAACUCUUUGAAGUAAUCGACUUUACAUAUCUUCCAAAAUGCGAAAAAAACACAUUUUUUUCAACUCGCUGUGUUGGUUUAUAAGUUUGGUGUAAAACCGCCAUCAUGUUAAACUAGACUUCUGUGACAUGUCAAUUAAGCGUUUUAGAAAAUGACCCGGUGGUAUAAUUUAAUUUGUUUUAUAUGAUGAGGAAAGGAAGAGUUUUCCCCCCAAGAAACCUAACCAUAACCUCAAAAUUAAGAUGUAGGUGAGUUGUUUAUUUAUAAAGGCCAUGACUUUGUGCAGAAUAUGGGUAAUGCGAAAGUUACUUCAGGCUUGGAGUUGUUCCAUGUGCACUUACUCGGAAUUUCCGAACACAACCGAAAAUAUUAAACUGAAAGCAAAAAAAGCAAGAGUUAGUAAAGCGCAUGUUAAACAAGUUAACACAUUUAUUGAAAACAACCUCGAUAUUGUGCAGUACAGAGAUUCAAUACCUUGUAAAUACUUGAACACUAAAAGUAUAAAACAAACCAGAUCUUUGUACCUCAUCAGUCCUACAGUGGCCGAAAGCAUUGGUUCACAUGUUAUGAAAGCAGUAAGGGUGCAAGACGAACAUGUGAUUGCCGAAACGAAUCCUGGGUUGGGAUUAAUUACGAGAUAUUUGUUGGACCAAGAUGUAAAUAAGAUUCACCUUUAUGAAUCUUGUGAGGAGUUCCAGUUGUCAAUAAAGAGACUACAUGCAGAUUAUUUGAACAGAAUGGAAUUUUACCCGAGAAAUUUUUUUCACCUGAGUUUUUAUUCAAGGUUGGAUAAAUAUGACAAUGGCAAUAGGGUUGCGUCCUUGCUGAGACACGUGCCUGCAAAGAGAUGGUUAGAGGGCCCUGCCAUCACAGUAAUUGGAACUAUGCAAAAUUUGAAGUUUCUACAAUUCCUGAUUACAGGGAUAGUUAUGCAAACUCAUUUAGCUCUGUUUGGUAGGGUACAAAUAUUUGCAAUAAUGAGCCCCAAGGAUUAUAGGGCCUUAAAUUCCAAAAAGUUCUUAAGCCACUGGAGCAUUUUAUUCAAUGUGUUUAUGGACUAUGAGCUACUUGAGAAGUAUGACCGGAGAUUUUUUGUACCAUGGCAAAGUGACAGGAAAAAUGGAAGGACCAAUAGUAAUGGUUUGGAAGCGGGAGUCCUUUAUUUGGUCAAGAUCAAUAUGAAGAAAAAAUUGCCUCUGAAAGGGACCGAAAUGUUGCAGUUUUUCUAUUUUACCAGAAGACUAUUAAGAUCACGACGGUUGAGAAUCAUACCACUAGUUGAGGACUGGAUACCCAACUGCGGGUUAAACCUCAUGGCUCCCAAACUAAAACAUGAAGAUUACUUUGAUGAAAUGGGCAUUUUUACCCAAUUCGAUGAGCUAAAUCCUAAUCAGAUUGUCUCACUCUUCAAGGAAAUCGCCGCUUCAGAGAGUUAUGAAAAAAGCUCCUUUGUCAACCUUAUAGAGCAUCAAUUGAUGCAUCGUGAGACAAUUGACACAGAUCUUAAUAAAUACCUGGAGGAAAUAAUUACAAAUGAACUGCAAAAUAAAGAUGAUUUGCAAUAA